UUCUGUUUGCCAGUCGCACUCCACAGGAAGCUGCUGGUUUAGUGACAUGGCUGCCGCUGCAGAUACUAAGGGGGAAUUACAAAAGGAAUUGGUUUGUGCCAUUUGUCUGGAUUAUUUUGACGAUCCAGUCAUUUUAAAAUGCGGGCACAACUUUUGCCGCAUGUGCAUUUUAAUGCACUGGGAAGAAAACGGAGGAGACGACAUCGGCUAUCAGUGUCCAGAGUGCCGGAUGGUGUUUGGCAAAAUGAGCUUCACAAAGAACUACCUAGUGAAGAACUUGGUGGAUAAACUGAGUGAGUUUGAGUGUCUGAAGACGUGCAGGCCUCCCGCACCGAUCAAACCACCCAAAACGGAUGGUAAAUGUGAGAGACACCACGAGGAGCUAAAACUCUACUGCCACACGGACAGAAAGCCAAUCUGUGUGGUGUGCAGAGAGUCGAGAGAUCACAGGCUCCAUGAUGUUGCUCCUGUACCUGAGGUUGUUGAGGACAUGAAGGGAGGCCUGAAGCUGAGGCUCAUCAAACUGAACUGGCAAAAGUCCAUGUGUGGCCGAGUCAAAGCCACAGACGAGCAAGCCAAAGCAGACAUCAAACUAAAGAAGCAGGCUCUGAAGGAGAAGAUUGAGGAUGAUGUGGGAGCCCUGGUGCAGUUCCUGCUGGAUGAGAAGGACAGACUGUUGGAGAGGCUAGAGGCCGAGGAGGCAGCUACUAUAGCACUGAUAGAUGAGAAUCUUAAACUGGUGGAAAGUGAGGCGGCUAAAGUGGACAAGGCCAUCGCUGAAAUUCAGAACCAGCUCAGCGAGGUAGCAAACUUUGAGUUCUCCUAUGGAUGUCUUUUUCAGAGCAUCAGCAAAGCAUAUUCAAGCCCAAGUCAUGUUAACCUUACAGUGCAGGCGGUGAACUGUCCACCUGAUUUCACCGAAUUCACUGGACCAUUUCAGCUCAUCUUGUGGAAGAAGAUGAUGCAUGUGCUGCAUACAAUGCCACAAAACCUGACGCUGGAUCUGGACACAGCCCACCCAUCUUUGGCCAUUAGUGACUUCGACACGAAGGUGGAGGAGGGCCGAGCACGCUCGCACGAACCCGACCUGCCGUGCCGCUUCACACGCUUCUUUGGUGUGUUGGCUACUGCGCAGUACUCUAGUGGCCAGCACUACUGGGAGGUAGAUGUGAGGGACAAGGGAGUGUGGUACCUGGGUGUGACAACAGCACGCAGCAACCGAAAGGGCUUCGUAAGUCUGUCACCGUCAGCUGGUUACUGGAGCCUGAGCCUACAUGACCGCUUGUACGCCAAUGAAGAGGAUGCCCGCGUGCCUGUGGCUGAUUACUGGAGCUCUCCACGUGUCGGUGUCUUUCUUGACUAUGAGCGAGGCCACGUGGCUUUUUAUGAUGCCGUCACCAUGAAGCGUGUCUACAGCUUUGCGGCGUACUUUGACGAGCCUGUCUCGCCCUUCUUCAGCCCUGGCAAGAACGACCCGGGCAGCCGACUGCAGAUCUGCCACUAUUACUGAGGAGAGACGGUCACUGCAUUUUAACAUUUUGAGAAGGAGUCCAUUGCAGGGGAAGCUGACUGCAGAUUGUUCCCCUACUACUGAUAAGGGUUUUUUUUUGGGGGGGGGGGGGGACGAGAUUGGGAAGAAGGUGGUGCUUUGUAUUGUGAGAAUGAAGCUCCUGUAAUAGAAAAUAGAAAAACUGCCACUUUGACUGAGAGAAAAAACUGAAAGGAAACAGCAUCCAUUGUACCUGCAUCAGACGUUUUCAUUCUAGGGCAUUCUUCUCUCAGGGGGUAGGCUGCCGUGGUGUGGCUCAGACCCGGAGCUUCUUCACAAUGUGAAUUAGGGAGUGUAAUACUCUACUAUGCCUGAUCUGAACAAGUCUGUUCUUAUUACUGUUGGAUUAUGAUGUAGCCCUGUUGACAUUCAGGUCACGAUGCGCUGCAGGCUUCAAGCAAAUAUCAACUUGAGCUGCUUUUAACAUCUCAUUUCACCUCAGUGUUGUUCUGUGUCCCCUUCCAGUGUGCCCUUUUAAGACAUGGAAUUUAGCUCAGUAGGUUUUAGAAGUAGUUCGCUGUGAACUUUUGAAAAGGCUCUAGAGACUUUUUAACUUUUUUUUUGUUUCAUUGUUUUGUUUAAAUGAUUAAUUCCUCAUUUCUGUAGAAUAGAAAUGAGUAACUAGUGUAUGAAGACCUAAUACUUAAAUAGUUCAGGGUUCUGCGUUUGUACAGGCUGCUAUGCACGGUUUCAACAUUUCCAUAAUAACUAUGUAAAUACGGUUUGUUUUAAAGCCCCUGUACUGGUCUGGCUCUAGUGUGUAGUAUCAGACAGCUUGAGAAUGUGGGUAUUGCUUACAGAUAAGUGUGCUUAUUUGAAUACGUGAUCUCUGAACCCAUCUUAAUAUUUGUUUACAUAAUUAAGUGUUCGAAUCUAGCUUGUGUAAUCCAAAAUGAUUUUUUUUUUUUUUUUACUGUGAAUGUGUGAUAGAAACACAAACCACAGUAUAUCCAUAUAUACAAACCCAAGCAGCUUGCUUAUUUCUUGCGUCACAUCUAGUGAAAUGGCCACAUCUGAUCCAAGCUAUAUAUGGAAAUCUUUAUUUCUGUCCCAGCUGAGAGAUUUUGUUUCUGCAGUAGGGUGUUAAUGCUAUCUGUAAUUGCUUCAUGUGAAUACUUGAAAGAAAAAAAAAAAAAAAUAGAUGAUGAUGAUGAACAAAAAGACUCUGUGAAAAGCAGACUUGACAUCCAGGUCAGUUUCAGACACUUACAUCAUUGUUACAAAUCUUGUUUUCCAUUUUUCUCUUUUUUUUUUUUUUAUUCAUAACUGUAUGAAUGAUGCACAAAAUGGUGGUCUUUGAAUAGAAAACAUUGUUAAAAUGGCCAUGCAGAAGUGUUUGUUAAUUAUUUAUUCAUUCUCACACAAAAAGACGAACAAUCUGCAAUCUGUUUUUUUUUUCUUUCAUGUUUUAUACUUCUCUCAAACCUUUUCAUUUUUCUUUACAAACGCUUUUGUGAAUAUACCGGAGGCACAGCAGACAGAAAAGCGAGAGAAAAGACAGCAUUUUUAAUAGCUAUUUAUAUUUUUAAAAAUGAAAUUGUUGUCUGCUUGUAAUUCAGCUUUUGUCUGUAUGUUUCCCUUCUGUUACAUAUAUGUAAUAAAUGUGUCUUAUGCGUAUA